AUGGUGUGGAACAAAGAUCUGGAUCGCGCGGGCUUCGUGGUCCUCAACGCCAUUCGCGCCCUCAAUAUUAUUGUCUUUCUGGACAUCAUUGCCUCCUGCGUCGUCAUGGAGGUCAAGAUCAACAUGAAAAAUGGAUACUUUUUCUUCAUGGCCGUCACACAUGCUGUCAUGGCUUUACUAAGCAUCGCCUUGAUUAUCACUGAACUCCCCCUCUUCCGAGGAUACAUCAACAAGAACUGGCCCGCCUUCGGUGACGAAGCGGGUUUCAUCGUCCUCGGCGCCAUCAUGAUGAUUCUCGGCGUCGCGGUCUUGGGUAAUCUCAACAUGGAGGAGAUGAGCCAGAAGUCCCUUGGUCUCGCUUUCUGGCGAAUCGUCAUCUCAGCGGGUAUUCUCGCCAUGGUCAUGAGCGUGAUGAACGUGCUGGCUACAUUCAUCUUCAGCCACCGCAACCCCCGUGUCAGCGCCCGACAGGUCCGCGCCGAGGGUGCCCAGGCAAAGAACAACGCCGUCAGCCGAUCGGAUAGCCAGCGCUCCCAGCUGCUGAGUAUCAAACGCAUCGACUCUUCGAACAGCUAUACGCCCCCUCCUUAUCAACCGAGCAAGCAGCAGCGAUUCACCCAGCGAAUCAGCCGAUUCCUCCCUGUUAACCCCUCCGGAUUUUCUAAGAAGGAAGAUGGAGCUGCAAAUGGGGAUGGGAGUGCGCACCUUCAGCCGCCAAUGAAUGAUGCCGCUUCUUCGAUUUAUUCCCGUCCUGAUGGUAUUACCCGCCCCCAGGAUGCAUAUGAUCCCACUGCUGUGCACCCGCUUAUGCGGAAUGGCGCGAGUCAGAUAUGGCCAUCUUUCAGAUCUCUUGGGCGACGUGAGUUUCCACCCCAUCUGCGUAUCGUCGCGCCUCUAACCGCGAACAGUGUCAAAUCGGUCCUUAUCUUCUUCGCCCCCAUCAUCAUUCCACGACUGAUUAACUCCUACCGUUCUCUUCGGGCGUCGAUUGCCACGAGCCCACCUCCUCGCCCCAUCCCCGAAGGCGCCCAUCGAGCGCUGAAUGUCCUAUUCGCGAGCAUUGCCUUCUUCCUCAUCCUCAGCCUACCUUUCAACCCUCACGCCCCCGAACCCAACGUCUUCACCUUGACCCGAUCGCGCAUCAACACGCCUCACGAUGUUAUCUUCAACCGACUUGCGCGCCUUCGGCCGGGCGAUAUGCUGACCGAGGCGGACCUGCUUCUCAAGAGCAAGCUUACGUCUCUCUUUGCUCGCAAGGUCUAUCUCACCUAUGGCCCUGAUAGCUUGACCUCGUGUCAGUUUUGCACGAUCGACAACAUGUACAGCUACUUGCUCUACUACCUCCCAUUUAACGUCCUCUUGCCGCACCUGAUCCACCUCUCGGUCCUGGGAGUUGCAACAUCAUCCCCUAUCGCCGGCCCCGAAUGCUCUCGUUGGCGCAACAAGUUCACGCUUGCCGGUUUGGCACUGGCAGCAUUUGACAUUUACAUUGUAUCUACUUUCGAUGUGCUUCACACAGCAUCUGCCGCAGUGCGGGCGGGCCAGACUCCCCCAUCUGGUUUCUACUACGGUAUUACGCUCAUGCGCCCGCUCGCACUGACGGUCUUCGACGUCAGCUGUGCUGCCCUCAUUUAUCUCUCUUCCACCAACCGCUUCUUCUUCAAGCCGCCUAACCCCGCCGACCAACUGGACCAAGCGGUCUCCGCCGCUUUGCGCAUGUUGAACGGCGCCAAUGGAAAGCUUCAUGCUGCGAGCGUCACUCGCAACGCAGUGGUGCGGGACAAGAACCUCAAACAACGAGACGAUGUGUACUGGCAGACAAUGGUGGCGGUGGAGAACCCGACUCGGAGCCCUGGGGAGAGGGCGGGCCCCGUGCAAGGAGGGACGGCCGUGGUGGACAACAUCUGGGAAGAGCCCGAAGUGGCCCAAGCCAUGUCGCGGGCGAUGGCCGGGCAGGGCGGUGUCGAUCUCGCGCAGCUGGGCACAAAUGCCCACGAGUUUGUGCGCGGGGUGACGCAGGGUCUGGACUAA